CUUCUCAAUUUAAUCACCAUCAACAAGAUCAAAAAUGAGUAGUCAUUUGAUGGAAACGCCUCUAAUAACGGCAUCCGAAUUGAUCCAAUCAUCAAUAGAGAUCCUACAAAAACAAGGACAAACGGAUAAAACUGCAUUGGAUUCAUUACGCUUAGCACAAAAAGUAUUGCAAGGAUUAGAUCCAUACUUGGAUGCAAGUUCAACAGAAGGUCCAAAAGGAUUAAAAGCAUUGAUUGAAGAAACGGAUAAACAUGAUUAUGAUACAGCUUACAAGAACAAACAACUUUCUUUUCCCGUUUCGGCAAAAUGGAGCGCAGGCGCCUAUGAAGGAAACUUCAUCGCAAUGAUCGCAAAAGCGAUCAAAGCAAAGAGAGUACUGGAAGUUGGAAUGUUUACAGGAACGACAACAUUGGCAGUAGCAGAUGUGUUGCCUAAAGAAGGAGGUAAAAUCAUCGCACUCGAAUUGGAUGCUUAUUUACGUGAAUUAGCCAAUCCAUUCUUUGAGAGAGCAGGUGUUAAGGAACGAGUGGACGUUCGAAUCGGAAAAGCGAUGGAUUCAAUUCAAGAAAUGAUUAAAGCAAAGGAAGAUCCAUUCGAUUUGAUCUUCAUUGAUGCCGACAAGGGGGCUUAUCAGCAGUAUUACGACGUCAUUAUGGACAAUGGCCUCUUACGUAAAGGUGGUGUACUUCUUGUGGAUAAUGUUUUAUAUAAAGCAUCUCCAUUCGUACCCGAACUACAACAAGCAACACCCGAACAACUCAAGACUGCCAUCCAAUUCGAAAACGGAAAAGCUUUAGCAGCCUUUAACAAAUUUGUCAGACAAGACGAUCGUGUGGAUGUCACUAUCCUACCUGUGCGUGAUGGUGUAUCCUGGAUUCAAUACAAGGGCUAAUUCGAGGCACAACGAUGUAUAGAUUAGAAUCAAUGUACAAAACCUCUUGCAAUCCAAUCAUCAAUGAACUUGUGUGUUAAUGUCUGAUCGACAGGUGUUGCUUCACGUAAAGAAGGGCAAAGCUCUUCGCAUUGUUCAGUCUUGACGGUUGCCGGCUGCGAUCCUUUUGGCAUAUUCUGCCAAAUGUUGAUUAAAGCGUUUCCACGAAUUUUGCCUCCUGCUUUCCGUAUUUUCUCGAUCCAGGUGUCAUUGUCUACCGUUUGGAAUUCGGUCAGCCUACUUGUACUGAUCCAUUUGAUGAAAUCGGACCAUGUCGGACUCUGCUUGGCGAAAGGUAAGGCCACAUGCGCUAUCUGGAGUGAAUUUGUAUUCUUUGAUUCGUUCAGACUCAAUUCCACAAUUGCAUUUGCAGCCACAUCUACCCGAAGCCAGUCCAGAUC